AUGAUUCAAAAAACCCGUGAGGUGGUACUGGAGCCACAAAAGAAGAAAGUACGACGAAAGGUGAAUGUAAACAAAAGCGCAAAUCAAUUUUUUGUAACCAUCAAAUACAAAGUAAACCUGAAGACAGAGCUACCGUAUAGAGGCACACUUGAGUAUCCUGAUUGCAUAAUCAACGACACUGACCCAACAAAAGAAGAAAGAGCAAAGUUUGCAAGAUUCGGUAUAGAAGGAGUGAGGUUGCGCAACAAAGAGAACUAUGACAACUCGCAAGCCAUUGGCGAGGCUGCACCAUCUAACAUAUCGAGUGCAGCAUUUAAGGAGUCAACGCCGACAUCCAUUGCAUUGAACAAAUCAAAGAUCAGGAAAAUAAUGUUUAGAGAUCAUGAGAUAGAAACCUGGUACAUAGCACCAUACCCAGAGGAAUACUCGCAGUGCGAAACCUUGUACAUUUGCGAAUAUUGCCUAAAGUAUAUGAACUCACCCAUGUCGUACAAGCGACAUCAGUUGAAGAAUUGCAAUUUUUCAAACCAGCACCCGCCGGGUACAGAGAUUUAUAGAGAUUCCAGCGUGUCAGUAUGGGAAGUUGAUGGACGCAAGAACAUAAAUUAUUGCCAAAACAUUUGUCUCUUAGCAAAAUUAUUUUUGAACUCAAAGACUUUAUAUUAUGAUGUCGAACCAUUUGUGUUCUACGUAUUGACGGAGAGGGAUCAUGUACACAAUUCAAAACAUCACUUUGUGGGUUAUUUUUCAAAGGAGAAGUUGAACAACCUGGAUUACAAUGUUUCGUGUAUACUAACACUACCGAUAUACCAAAGAAAGGGAUAUGGGAACUUACUCAUUGACUUUAGUUAUUUGUUGACACGGAACGAAUUCAAAUAUGGCACUCCAGAGAAACCCUUAAGUGACUUGGGCUUGUUGAGUUAUAGAAAUUACUGGAAAGUGACUAUUGCUUACAAGCUUCGAGAGCUUUAUCAGGCUUAUCACGAUCGUGGUGGUAUCGACGUAUCGAUUAGUGUAUUGUGCAAAAUGACAGGAAUGACUCCAGCUAAUGUAGCUGUCGCCUUAGAGCAACUUCACGCUCUUCAUUGCAAGCAUGAUGGAGAAUCAAUUAAAUUUGCAAUUGUAGUGAAUUGGGACAUCAUAACUGAAAUCAUCAAUAGAUGGGAGGCAAAAUCUUAUACAAGACUUGAUUACUCCAAGCUUUUGUGGAAACCAAUGCUUUUUGGCCCAAGUGGAGGUAUCAACUCUGCACCAGCGUUAUUGCAAGGUGGGAAGCCAAACGUCGCUCAUAACAGUAUCACUCAGGUUGCUGAUUUCUUAAAGGACGAUAUAUAUAACCCAUAUUCAUUUGAGCAAGAGGCAUGUAAAGAAGUUGCAAUGUGUGCUGAUAUGCUGAGAGGAAAACGUGAGUCUACGUUAGAGGACUUCACUGAAUGCAAGGCUAACACAUUCCAGGCAAAUAUGAAGCCUAAGAAACGAUCAAAAGAGGACGUUGAAGUUGACUUGGACGCAGUUGCUGAUAUUUUCGAAGCAGCUGAUGCUUCACAAUCUGAGGAGGAAAACGAAUCUAGUUUUGAAGAUAAUGAUUUUGAAGCCGACGAGGAAGAAGAGGGAAAUAGCGAGAGUCUGGACCUUGAAGAGUCGUUGCCGGUGAACUUGUCAGAGCCUGAAUCCGAUUCAUCCAGCGAAGAUGAUGAAGAUGUUGUUGUGUCCACAAAACGAACAGGAUUGGUAAAGAGAUCUGCACCACUUAAACGGAGGACGAUUAACGUAUUGGAAGGCGACAAUAGACCUCGAGGUAGGGGGCGACCAAAGGGCACUUUCAAAAUACCCCGAAUCGGAAAAAAUAUCCCAAAAUUGCCUCCUCGAAGAAGGAAUUAUUAA